AUUCCCGAUUCCCGAUUCCGGGCUCCCAUCCAACAAGAGACGUCUCCAGUUUUCCGUAAAUUUAUAUUAUUCCUGCGAUUUUAUCAUUUAUUUUAUUUUAUUUUAUUUUCAUAAAUUCACUGCGAUUCUGUUGCUACACGACAUCAUCACCAUCUUUCCCGCUGUCCUGAACCACCGUCCUUAUCAUGGCCACCGCCACACGGCUGAGUAAGCUCGCCGUCGCCGCCGUAGCCACAGCAGCCGGUGGCUCAAUUCUGCUUCAGCCUUCUUUCUCCUCCAAUGACCGCGGCACUAGUGGUCACGCGAUUGAGUCCUACAGGAACAAGAUCAAUGAUCCGACUGCAGUCGUUCCGCCGCGAUCAGUCCAGGAGUCGGCUCUGAUCGGAGCCAGCCCAGUCAAUCCGCUUGACAUUCUCGUCGUCGGCGGAGGCGCCACCGGCUGUGGCGUCGCCCUUGAUGCCGUCACUCGAGGACUUCGCGUUGGUCUCGUCGAGCGCGAGGAUUUCUCAUCCGGCACGUCUUCGCGCUCUACGAAGCUCAUUCAUGGAGGUGUGCGGUAUUUGGAGAAAGCAGUGUUCAAUUUGGAUUAUAAGCAGCUUAAACUUGUGUUUCAUGCGCUCGAGGAGCGAAAACAGUUUAUUGAAAAUGCACCACACUUAUGCCAUGCGUUGCCCUGCAUGACACCUUGUUUUGACUGGUUCGAGGUCAUCUACUAUUGGAUUGGGUUGAAGAUGUACGAUUUUGUUGCAGGGCGUCGUCUCUUGCACUUGUCUCGGUACUAUUCUGCUCAGGAGUCUGUGGAGCUCUUCCCUACCCUUGCUAGGAAUGGUGGGGGCAGAAGUUUGAAAGGCACCGUGGUGUAUUACGAUGGGCAGAUGAAUGACUCGCGGGUCAAUGUGGGGCUGGCUUGUACUGCCGCUCUGGCUGGUGCGGCGGUGCUUAACCAUGCUGAAGUUGUGGGAUUUUUGAAGGAUGAGGCUAGUGAUCGAAUAAUUGGUGCAAGGAUCCGUGACAAGUUGUCAGGUAGAGAGUUUGAUACCUAUGCAAAGGUGAUUGUCAAUGCUGCUGGGCCAUUUUGUGACUCAGUGAGAAAGAUGGCCGAUAAAGAGGCAGUGUCUAUGAUCUGUCCCAGCAGUGGUGUCCAUGUAGUUCUCCCUGAUUAUUAUUCUCCCGAAGGAAUGGGUCUUAUUGUUCCCAAGACUAAGGACGGACGUGUUGUUUUUAUGCUUCCAUGGUUAGGACGAACAGUUGCUGGAACCACAGAUUCCAACACCGGCAUCACUAUGCUUCCUGAGCCACACGAGGAUGAAAUUCAGUUUAUACUGGAUGCAAUCUCUGAUUACCUUAACGUGAAGGUGCGGCGAACAGAUGUUCUCUCAGCAUGGAGUGGUAUUCGUCCUUUGGCUAUCGAUCCAUCAGCUAAAAAUACAGAGAGCAUCUCAAGAGAUCAUGUUGUUUGCGAAGAUUAUCCCGGAUUGGUCACAAUUACUGGUGGGAAAUGGACUACUUAUCGGAGCAUGGCGGAGGAUGCUGUUAGUGCAGCUAUAAAGUCUGGGAAGCUGAAGCCGACAAAUGAAUGUGUAACUGACAAGCUGCGGCUUGCUGGUGGAGAUGGAUGGGAACCUGCAUAUUUUACUGUCUUAGCUCAACAAUAUUUACGCAUGAAGAAGACUCAUAGUGGUAAAGUUGUCCCUGGAGUUAUGGACACUGCAGCUGCAAAACAUUUAUCUCAAGCGUAUGGUGUUUUAGCUGAAAGAGUGGCCACCAUAGCCCAGAAUGAAAGUUUGGGGAAGCGAUUAGCCCAUGGCUACCCCUUCUUGGAGGCUGAAGUUGCAUACUGUGCACGACACGAGUACUGUGAAUCUGCAAUAGAUUUCAUUGCCAGAAGAUCACGACUCGCUUUCCUCGACACUGAUGCUGCUAACCAUGCAUUGCCUCGAGUAAUCGAGAUAUUAGCAGCUGAACAUUAUUGGGAUAAGUCAAGACAGAAGCAAGAACUACAGAAGGCCAAAAAAUUUCUAGAAACUUUCAAGUCUUCAAAGAAUGCUCAGUUCCAUGAUGGAAAGCAUAACUAGUGAGUUCCUUUGAUGCUUUAUGUUUGUUAAAUAUUUCAGUUACAUACAUGUUCAUCAUCAUGAUUGAUCUUGUUUGAAUCCAAGGUUUUCAAACCCGACUACCAAGCAGAAAUUUUUCAAGAAAAUUCUACUCCUCAACUAUAAUCAAACUCAUCAGGUGAAAAUAAGUAUGCUUUGCAUCUUGCCUUUAACUUGUAAUUGCCUAAGGCUGAUAUGGUGCAGCCUACAUAUACCAAAAGAAUAAAUAACUCAAAGAUAGUUUUAUAUCUUAUUCACCACAGGAAGAUAACGUUCUUUAUAUUAGUUUGAAGAUGCACUGUCUUCACAUGCUCAUUUCUUUCCCCAUUUUGUAUAAACUUCUUCAGAAUUUCCAGGUAUAAAUUAUUGGAAAUUGGGUUACUUUUUGAAGUCUUAUUCUCUUACUUUGUGAUCUUGAUAGAAAUUUGAACUAUUUUGUCAUUUGUAAUAGAAGGAUCAGAGUGGAACUGGGUCCAUAAUCUUGUUCUCAAUUCAGAACUCAAAA